AUGGAAGCCCACGACACGGCCGUCAGGCGCAUCGCAGCCCAGGUCAAGACGUUUCACGAAGCGCAAAAGCCGUUCCGCAUCUACCACGGCUCAACCAACAGCACGCGCACGUCGCACCGGCGCGCCGACAACACCAUCGACACCAGCGGCCUCAACCACGUCCUCUCGGUGGACAAGACGGGCAUGACGGCCCUCGUGGAGCCCAACGUGCCCAUGGACGAGCUCGUCGACGCCACGCUCGCGCACGGGCUCGUGCCGCCCGUGGUGAUGGAGUUCCCGGGCAUCACCGCGGGGGGCGGCUUCUCCGGGACGUCGGGGGAGAGCAGCUCGUUCCGAUUGUGCUGGCGGACGGGGCCACGGCGCGGGCGUCGCGCACCGACAAGGCGGACCUGUUCUGGGGCGCGGCGUCGGCCUUUGGCACGCUCGGCGUGGUGA